GCCAAUUCAACGAAGUUUUUCUAACAUUUUUUUCUGUGCAAUCAUUUUAAAUAAUUAUUGCGCAUUUGUUACCUUUGUUAUUGCUAAUUAGUUAUACAAAUAAGAGCGCUUAAUUUGUUGGACAUUUUUUACGAAGAAAAACUUCAAAAUAAUUAUCUGCUCAAAAUGGGAAACUCAACGUCAAACAGUAAUGAUGGUGGUGAAGUGCCCGAAGGUGGAGCUAACAAUAACAAGAAAAGUGGGCAUUCUUUAGCAGUUAAUGCUGCUCUCAAGGUCGAAAAUACAAUGAGCCGUUCAGCUUCUGGAGCAGAUGUAACCGAGAAAUAUUUUACACAAUUGGUUCCCAUUGAAAAGCUAUCCGAAAUUCUUAAAGAAAAAUCUUUAAAACAAGGUGUACAUGGAAUCACAUCGGAAGUGUUUGUGUCGCAGGUUUUUCCGCAGUAUACAGAUCUUGGGCAACGUCUAUUCAAAUUUAUGCAUGUGACGUCUAGAGCAACAACUAGUUACUUGGGCACUGUAGCCUUCCGCCAACAGUGUGAGCGAUUCUUAGGAAUAAUGGACGAUGCAAAGAUAUUGGAAUGCUACAUAAGAAUGUAUGCACAAGCAGAAAAUCCCGACUUCGUAGACCGAGAAGGAGUUACUCGAUUGCUCCAUAUAUGUUACACAAUCGCUAUGCAGCACUCCGGUAAUUCCUUACUAUGUCCUUCGAUUAAUCGAACCUUCAGUUCUGUGACGAAAUCAAUUUUUUUCAGUCACGAUACUUUAAGCGUUGGCUUUGUUUGUCGCUGGUUUGAACAGAAUUUAAUACGUUUAGUACUUUUGGUACAUAAGUAUUGUGUUCACACUCUUUCAACCGCAUAUCGUGGCCUUGAACAGGAUGGACAGUCAUGCGGUAUAGAACUACAGACACCAGUUUUGGAACAACGUAAUCCAUUUUCCGAUAAAAGUCAAAAUGUUCAGUCCGGAGAUUCCGUUGACGCCUCUUCCUCCCUAAUGCCAUUAUCGCAAGCCUGGUUAUUAGCUGGUGGAUUGCCGCCAUUAUACUCUAAGCCACAAAAAGUAACAUCACCAAGUGCCAAUAAGGCCUCGGCAGCACAAAUAUUUAUAGAAAAAUUGUCUAUGAUGCCUUCCCAUUGGACGUUAUUGUACGAUUCAAAUGAACAUGGUUUGGGUGCUAAUAGGUUUCUACAUCACGUCCUUGGUUAUCGAGGACCAACAUUGAUAUUAAUUCACACAAAAGAUGAUCAAACAUAUUUGAUCGCCUCGCCAAAUGAAUGGAAGGAGACACACCUUUAUACAGGUGGUGACGGUUGUUGUGUUUUACAACUAUGGCCGAAAUUUGUGAUAUUGGAAAAGAAACCUAACAUUCUCUACCUAAAUACAUCUAUUAGAGGAUAUCCGAAAGGUUUACGAGCCGGUGCAGAUCCUAGAAAGCCAAUAAUAGCGGUAGACGAACAUUUUGAAAACGUCGAUUGCAAAGGAAUUGCUGCCGUUUUACUUUCAGUUGAGGUAUGGGGUUGUGGAGAUAAAACAUCACGUGAAGUACAAUUAGAUAUCAAGAAAUGGCAAAUUAAAGAAGCCGAACGACAACGCACUGUUAAACUCACCGCAGCAGAUUGGAUGGAUCAUCCGGAUCGUUUUCUUUUAGAAUUGGGUGGACGACAGAACUACAACAAUUGAGUACAAAUUUGUCAUCAAAUCUGGUUGGAUCAUUGGAAGAAUUCCGAAAAUAUCGUGCCUUCAAUAGUUGUUUCAUAGAGAAAAGACUUCGUAUUAUUUGAACAGCACUAUUUUGCUUAAUUUAUUAUUCGAGCAUAUCUAAUAUAGCAUCCCGUUAAUGUUUUGAUUUAUUUAGUUAUUUGGUUGUAUAUUUUUGUUAUGUUGUUUUGAAUGUGCUUCGUCAGUCUUUUUACAAAAUAUGACCAAGAAAAAAAAUGUACUUAAUUAAAUUGUGCUCGUUUAGUGAAAUAAAAUAAUUAAGGACAAAAACGAAAGAAAAAUAAAGUAUUAUUUUUAAAAUUAAAACAAAAA